UAACCCUCUACCCCUUUUCUCGCUUUUGUUUGAGAUCCGUGUGUGCUCGGGUCAUGUUUGCGAGGCGUGUGUUUCGGAACAAGCUAAAAGUAAACGUGGUCAAGUGACUUUGCUCAAGAGCGGCCAGCAUGGCAGAAUAAGCGAAAGCAUGUGGCAGCUAGCUCACGUUACUUCCCCUCUGCUUUUCAUGCUUCAAUAUUCAAGUCGCAGGGCAUUUAUUCCAAGCACAUACUGCUGUUUAUCCUUAGCCAUGUCACGUUUAUCGGCAUUCAAUCAAGAGAGCGCGUAAAGUUGUGCAAUGCUAAAGCUAGCGUUGGAUUUACCCUCACUGACCUACCGAGCGGCUGCUAAGGCUACUUUGCUUCGUUCCUGUACUGGGUGAGCUAAGACCUCUUUGAUUUAAUGGGUCCAAUUAUUGGGAUGUCACCAGACAAGAAAACGGAAAUUCCGGGUAUGCAAGAGGAGCGGACGUGGCUCCGAGGUGUUUGUGGAGUUGGAACAUUGCCCGAGGCGGAGUGCGCUUCCAGUCCUCUUGCGACUAGUGUGGAUCGGACUGGAGGUACUGAAGAUGAAGAACUCACCAACCUCAACUGGCUCCAUGAGAACCUGCUUCAGAACUUCACGUUAGGGGGUCCUGAAGCGCAACCUAGUGCCAGCCCCCUUUUUGACAUCGAAGGAGACUAUGGACCCAACCAGGGAACUUCAUCCUCGUCCACAGCCUCAACACAUAGUAGAGGAAGAGAGCGGGACUCAUUGAAGUCCAAGCCCCCUUUUUCGUUUUCGCUCCUCAUUUACAUGGCCAUUGAGCAGUCGCCUAGCAAAUCUUUACCUGUCAAAGAAAUCUAUGGCUGGAUUCUUCAGCACUUCCCUUACUUCUCCAACGCACCCACUGGGUGGAAGAACUCAGUGCGUCACAACCUCUCCCUGAAUAAAUGCUUCCGCAAGGUCGAAAGGACUUUAGGAAAGGCCAAUGGAAAAGGGUCUCUCUGGUGUGUCGACCCGGAAUACCGCCCCAACCUGAUCCAAGCCCUUAAGAAGCAGCACUUUCCCACCGCUCAUGCCUUCUGUACGCCACCCGCCUCCCCGCCUAGUGCCUCCUCACCCCCUCGUCAUCUCUUUCUGCAAGGUUGCUCAUUUAAAGAGUCUGAUAUUGAUGCUGCCACUGCCAUGAUGCUCUUAAACUCUGCCCCAGGGCACCACGUUGACCCAUGCAAUUCUGACGGCCCGCUGGACCUUUCCAGACCCGACUCGGUCUUAGUGAGCAGCGAUCCAAAGCAGGACCACAACUACAGCAGUGUCGCCCUGCAGCGUUGCUCCUCCCGGUCUUCCUCCUCGUCCCUGUCCUCCUUAGACGAAGGAGGCUGCGACCGCAGGCAGUCUCGCCGCGCCGGUAGCGAGGGCUUCCACAGCGACGAGGAUUCCGACCUCUGGGACGAGAGGGCCGCCAACCAAACGCAGCGUCGCCCGCCUGCCAUCAAGUGGCCUGACGGCAAAAGGCCGCGACGUGAGGUCAAGCCGGAGCUAGAUGAGGAGCUUAAAGAGGCCGCCGGUUCUUUGCUGCACCUCGCUGGUAUACGCAGCUGCACGGAGGGCUCCAAACGCAAUGUGAAGAGCACAAAACUUAACAGGAAGUAGAGAUACUCCGGACCCUGUGAAUCCUCAUCUCUAACCCCCACCUGUUGCGUGCCCCGGUUUGCCUCCUUCUCCUUUUCUCAUCGUAUAUCGGCCAUUUUGAGCCUAUCUUUUGUUGUUUGUUUGGGAUAUCUUUGUCAUAUAAAACAAAUGGCAAUAGUAUUGUUCACACAGGAGAACGAAGCCAUAAAGAGACUUUUGCAACUUGGGGGCAGUCACAGAAUAUGGGGGGGAUGGGUGUCUGGGCUGUGGAGUACUGGAUCAAAAAUGACCUACCUGCUUUUGUCGAAAUAGACGAUGGUGAAUCAUAAUUUUGUUUAUGCUCAGAAAAAUGGGAAAGGGUUUUCUAACUCAAAGCCUUGCAUGCUUCCUCCUCAAACCCGUAUCCUCUUCCAAGUGAAUCUGUGUAAGAAGCGAACGAGUGCAUGUUUGUAACAGACAAAACCUAACCUCUUGGUGUUACAAGUUUCCCCUCUUUUUGUGCUAAAAACAGGAAAAAAGACAAGUAUGGCACGGUUUCAAAAAACCUUGUGCGCCAAACCUCCUCUUGUGAGUGAGAUGCAAUAAUGAAUCCUCAACCUUAACUUUUUCACCUCAUUUAGUAUUGUGACUUUUUCUGCCCCUGAGAUGCUAAUCAAGCUACAAUUAAGCGAAUUAAGUGAAUAGCUUUAUUGUCUUGUUAUGCCAUGAACAUAAAUGACACAUAGGCGCUGACUCAGUUUCAGGAUUUGCAAAGUGUGGGAAUAGUAUUUAGUCUGCUACUGCCAAAUUUUACUUGCAAACUUCGCCACUCAGCUUUGCUAUGUUUUGGUCUGUCAGUCAAUUUCAUCUACCACAGUGUUUUACAUUUAUGCCCAAACGUGUCAAAUGAAAAUCUGCCUAUUCAAUGCUUGUGCAUCAGAUUUUCUCCAUAGCUUUUACUUUUGUUUUUUUCCCAAUUAUUAUUAUUCAAUACGUAAGUCCAAACCCAUGACGAGAGGGUCGGAUGCCCAUCUCAUACAGGGAAAAAUGUAGCCAUGCUACAUGUAUGGGAUGGAAAAUAACCACUGGUUUUCACAUCAGUUUUGUUAGAAGAUUUGUCUGAUUUGGAAGAAAGUUGAAGUAUAACUUGUCUAAAGUAGGAUAAACUUCACAGUGCAGUUAUGGUUGCAGAGAACUGGAUUCCAUGUAAAGAUGUGUGCUGCUCUUGUGAUUGGCCCUCACUUCCGGUCGAUUGCUUGUGUUCCUUUCAUAGUUCUUCCUCCUUAAAACAAAAUAAGGAAGUCCAAAACCCCCUCAAGCUGUGAAAUGUACUUUCUGUCAGAUGAUUUUGUACAUUUUGUCUCUGCGGGAGGUUGCAAACCACAGUUCUCAUUUUAGGGAUUUUUAAAUCAAAAGUACUACACAAGAGCAGACAUGCAUAGUUGAAAUCUCAUGCCACAUGACAUGAUUAAACAAAAGAAAAAGUGCCACAAUUUGUGUAAGUGGCAGCAAGUAUAGCAGGCAAGGUCGGUGCCAAACAAUUCACUGUGCCACUGAUGUAAAACUGCAAGCGGCCAUGGUCACUGGUUCCUAGUUGACACAAUAUAGUUAGUCAUGACUUGAUGUCCCAGUUUUCUGAACGGCACUAACAGGAAAUGCAAACGGACUGGACAGUGUAGUGACGCAAUGAAACCUGGGUUACUUUCAGCCACUCUAUGGUUGAAUCACAGAAUAAGCUGUAGACGUACAGUAACUCGAACAUACACUGGUCUUAUUUUGCUGUGAAAGAACAAAUUUAUUGUUCAUAAAUCGUUACCUUAUUUAUAAUAUUAAUUUAUCAGGUGGAAAUGCCAUCUAAACACUGGUCAUCUGAAAUGAAUGACAAGGCACAUUUAUAGUUUUGUUUUUCCUCAUAAGUAUUUUGUCUUGCUCAGCUUUUUAUUCCACAGCAAUAUAUCCUAUUUCCCCUUUUUAUUGUGUUAUAUUGAUUAUUUUUAUUUUUUUUGGGGGGGGGGAGCAAUUGUCCAUAAAGUGGGUGUUUUAUUCCUGUUUAUUUUUGCAAUUCACAUUUUGCUGCCAGAUUAUUGAACAUGUUGAUUCACAUUGAACUCUCUUUUUGCUGCCAAAAUUAAUGUACAACUGGGGUGGUGCAAAAUGUCACAUUUCCCGCUUGUGCUGUAAAUUUUCCAAUUCAACCAUUUUAUGUUUUGUCUGCAUUUGUAUGUUUAGAUUUUUUUUUAUUACUUGAGCUAACUACAGAAAACUACUGCCACUCAUCGGUCCUGCUUCCAGGUGUUGUGAAAUGUUGUUAUCACUGGAAAUUGGAGCAGACUGACCCAUGCAGUCCCAAGGCUGCUCGUGUACUUUCAGACCCCAGGUCCAUUCUGAGCAGGAGUGGGGAACCUACACCUUAAAUGCAUUUGAUUCGGGUCACAGGCAUUGGAGUUAGAGCAGAACAUCUAACCAACAAAUUCUAAUAAUAAACAUCAUAUAAGUUGUGUUUAUUGAGAUCAUCAGAAACAUCUGUCGGAUUUUGUUUUUGUUUUUUUUCCCCUUACACAAAUUCGAUGUUCUUCAAAGGACUUUAAACAACAACAAAAAAACUGAAUUGCCCCCUUUAAAGGUCAAAGGUUCCUCGCACAUGCUAGAAAGAGAUCUCUCUUGCAUUCAUUUUGUAGCACUUGUCAAAUGAAAGUUCUGUUGCUUUCAGUGACACAACACAGAACAUAUAGGGCUGCCACAAGACUACCGCCACACGACACCAGUUGCUCUGUUAGUUUUUAGGUUUUAUUGAGUAUCGGUCAUGUGGUUCCCAGACUUAUGUUGCAGAUCCUAUAUGGAUAUAAUUUAAGUUGCAUUGAUUUUAAAAUAACAAAAAACUGCCAACCCGGUUUGUGUCUGCAAUGGCUUUUGGAUGACACAUUUUUGGUUUUUGUAUGCUUAACCUAUGUUGAUAAAAUGUUCAUAAGAUUUAUUUUCGCCAAAGAUAUGCAAUUGCAUUAUAUAUGGUAUUACAAAACUAUUAAUAAAAACCUGUUCUUCUUA